AUGGAGUGCAGCAGAUGCCGCAGCAAGAAGUCAUCCUCAGACUUUCCUGACCCAGUAUCUGACUGUGAGCAUGCACCCAGCAUCUGCUUGACGUGCCUUGACAAUCUCUUGCCCAAAGACAAGCACUUGUCAGGCAUGUGUCCUGAAUGUGGCAAGUUUCUGCCAGAGUCGGAGAUACAGAAAAUCAGGAGGAUGAUGAAACAUUGCAAUCGGGAAUGCGCUGUAUUCCGCGAUCUCGACCUCCUCGGUGCCAGAGAAGAAGAGGUCAAGAGGCAACGGGAUCUUGGUGUGGACUCUCUUCCACCGGAAGGCAAUGUAGAGGUCUCCGUGCUGGACGGCCGCCGUCUUACCCUGUCUUUGUCGAAGAGGAUGCGGCUCAGUGCGGUGAAGGAGAAGAUAAGGAAUGGCUUGCAUGUACCAGAAGGGAAGCAGCGGCUCCUUUUCAGAGGACGAGACCUGACAGCGAACCAUGCAGACGAUCCGCAGUGGAGUUCGCUGGGAGUACCUUUUGGAGAGGUGAUCCAGCUCGUCAUCAUCAUGUACGAGACUGGAUCCACCAGCUCCGCGAGUGCUGUGAGGAAGCUCACCUUCGAGCUUAGUUGGACUGCCGUGCCGACGAGGUUAAGAUCCGGCAAGAUCACGACGCACCACCUGAAUGGCAGCUGCAUCCUGCUGGAUAGCGCCUGCAAUGUGUUGGGGGAGGUCGACUUUCAGGCGACACGGUCAAGCGGCAUCAGCCAUGGAGGACCGUCGUCUAUUCGGAAUCCGCGGCAGCUCAUUACAGUCGACACCAUGCUGUUGGCAUCCACCUGCCGAUACUUAUUCUUCACGUUGAGCGCGUUCAAGCCUGGUGGAGUGACUUUGGAAAGCUUUCAGAACCCAUCGGUGCGGCUGAAGAACGCCGUCACGAUGCAGCAGCUGGCAAGCUACAAUGCUAGUCGGUCUGGUCGUGAAGAGGCAGUGGUUCUUUGCUGUGCAGUCAAAGACCAAAUCAGUGGCAACUGGCGAGUACAAGAAACCGGCGUGCGAAGCGACGGCAACGCGAAAAUGUAUGGCCCGCUUCAUGCCACUGUCCGGCAGCUC